AGUCAUAGAGAAAAGUUGGAAACAGUUUUCGAGUCUCCAGCCGAAUUGUUGAAUGCGAGUGUUAAAAUCAAGCGAAAUUUUACAAUUUGCAGAGGAAAAGAAAAGUUGGAAUUCUUGAAAAAUAGUAGAAACAGCCUGGCUGGACUCUGUAUUAAAGAGGGCGAUUGGGAGAGGUUGUGCUACAGAGAUGUUGGUCUCUCUAGUCUUCUGUCUUAGCUUAGGCUUAGCUUUUGGUUAUGUGGAUAAAGAUUCACCACCAAAAUGGAGCCCAGUGUAUACAGUGAAAGGCCUGUUGAACAUACCAUAUGCAGAGAUUCAUGAACCAUUCUAUGCAUGGUAUGAUAGCAGCAAUGGCAAGUCUCGCAUUGACUACUAUGGCACCAUGGUUAAGACUUAUCAGCUCUCUUCGAAAGUUUACCCGCAAUAUGGCACUUCUAUUAAGAUUGCCCCCGUGACUACAGAGAAGGUGAUGAACCAGGAGACAUGUCUUCAGGUGAACGGCAGCGCUGAUAAUUCCAUGGAUAUACAGACUGUAUUACCCAAUAUGGAUGACUUUAAAUAUAUUGGCACAGACACAAUGGAAGACUCGGACACAUCAAAAUGGCGGAUGGUGCAGACUAUUGGUGACAAAAUAAACAAAUACACCAUGUGGGUGAAAUACAAGAAAACUCUUAACGGGGACUCGAUACCAAUUCCUGUGAAGUAUGAAAUGAAGGGCUUCAAUUCUCUGCUCGGAUCCCAUUACGACCACUACUACUUGAAUUACAAAGAUUAUGACGUCGACGAUAUCGACCCGGAUGUAUUCAAGAUCGACUCCAGUAUGCAGUGCACAUCUUUCCCCGGCCCCGGAGCCCGCCACUAUGCGACUUUCAACCCCAUGCAGGAGUUCGUUCACCCCGCAAGAGAUGAUCAUGUACAUCAUGAGUUCGAUAGAUUCGCAAAGAAACACAGUAAACAGUACCAGAACGAUGUGGAGCUCGCCAAACGAUUGAACAUCUUCCGACAAAAUUUGAGGUACAUACACUCGAACAACCGCGCCCGUCGCGGCUUCACUCUAUCAGUGAACCAUCUUGCCGAUCGCACUGAUGACGAAAUGGCGGCGUUGCGCGGACGCCGAUACAGUGGACCCAAUCAAGGUCUCAGUUUCCCAUACUCGGAAGCGGUUGUGGAAGAAAUGAGCCCCAAACUGCCGGUGGAACACGACUGGAGGAUCUUCGGCGCCGUCACUCCAGUCAAAGACCAAUCGGUGUGCGGUUCUUGCUGGUCCUUCGGCACCGUGGGUACUGUGGAGGGAGCUCUGUUUUUACACAACGGCGGGCAUUUGGUGCGGCUCAGUCAACAGGCGCUCAUAGACUGCUCGUGGGGCUUCGGUAAUAACGGCUGCGAUGGAGGCGAAGACUUCAGGUCUUACCAGUGGAUCAUGAAGCACGGCUUACCCACUGAAGAGGACUAUGGCGGAUAUUUGGGACAGGACGGCUACUGCCACGUGGACAAUGUGACACUGGUGACCUCCAUCAAGGGGUGGGUCAAUGUCACCACCAACAACGAAAACGCCUUGAGGCUCGCCAUAUUCAAGCAUGGCCCGAUAUCGGUGGCAAUUGAUGCGUCACAAAAGAGCUUCAGCUUCUACUCGAAUGGUGUCUACUACGAGCCUAAAUGCAAGAACAAAGUUGACGAAUUGGACCACGCCGUCCUCGCAGUAGGCUAUGGAAUACUAAACGGCCAACGUUAUUGGCUGGUUAAGAACUCUUGGUCCAACUUAUGGGGCAACGAUGGGUACAUACUAAUGUCGUCCAAAGAUAAUAACUGUGGGGUAGAGUCAGCACCCACUUAUGUACUAAUGUAGUGAAGUUAUGGAAGUUUAUAGUUCCUAAUAUAGACGUAAAUAAUGAACUGAGCGUAGGGAAUGCUCCAAUAGGCUAUUUGACAUGACAUUGUUAAAAAAUAAAGUUCCAAUUGUUAGCAUCUGUAUUUAAUAUGAAUAUUAGCAGCGAUUUGACUAUUCUGGGAGAACAAAUAAUUUAUAAGUUUUCUCAAAAAAUUAUUCAAAUAGAAAUUAUUUCAUGAUUUUUGUAUCUACUGUCAUGUGACCGCAAACGCAUAGGAUUGGCGGAGCCUAAAAUGACGCCACCUGCUUGUAAACAUGCUGACGAAGUGAGAUUACAUUGCACUGUUUGUCGUUUUAAUGAGAGCCGUGUGACGUCACCUGCCUGUUGACACGCCAUAUUUGCUAGGGAAACGUUUCCGCGGCAUAUUUGAAAACAGAAUUUUUAUUUUUUUAAUGAUAACUUUUUAUGGUGUAUUUACUCUAAUAAAUAAUGUUUGAACGUUUUCGAAAACUUCUCAAAUAGCCUAUUGUAGGUUUCAUGCUAUCAUCAUCAUGAUCGAGCCCAUUGGUAGUUUUAUCUCGUAAAACUCGUGCUAUUAAAGAAACGAAUUGCAAAUGCCGAUGCAAGACAUUCUGUCUCUCUCCCACGUUACUUAGGAUAGCUUGUGCGAGAGGGACAGAAUGUCUUACGUCGUCAUUUGCACUCGUUUUUUCAUUGGUGCGAGUUAUAACAGAGUGUUGUCUUUUGUCUAUUUCAUACAAGAGUCGCUCAGUUCUUUUUCUGUCUUUAAUUUUUUAUUAGUACCACAUAAAUAAGUUAUCCCUAUAAAAAUUUAAAUGCUAUUUAUUUUAACUGC